GUAAACAUGUUCUCCGUAUGUCUAUUAUAUCCAUCACCAAUCCAAUCAGUAAAUACGAGUCCGAAACAUGGAUGUGCUGUUACUUAGUGUUGUCUUUAUUUAUGGAAUAAACAUAAUUCAGUGCAACCUUCCUGACCCAGUCACCCGGUCGCAAGAGUUGAGCGAGCGUUCCUCGGACCUCGGGGAUUUCUUACGCCUCGACAAUCCGCCCGAGUCUUUCAGUGGGGAUGCAGCGCGCGUGACGCUUGAGUACAGCUGUACCGGUGACUAUUACGUUGGCGUCGAAGUGAUUUCUGACGUGACUGACGUAAUUGGAUCAGAACAGUCAGUGAAAGUGUUCACCAAAGUUUUCAAAUGCACAACAGACGUUGAAAGAUCAAGAUUUAUUUCGAAAAACGUAAGGUUAAAAUUGCCGUCAAAACUUGCAUUUAAUUACAACGCGUUAAACAAAAAAAUAGCACUGAGUUCUAAAACCAAAAUUCGAGCGUGGAUGUUAGAUACCAACUGGUGGCCUCUCUGUCUUAAGUAUAGUAAUUGCUAUACUAGGUCUGCAAUCAAGGUCUCACAUAACACCAAUAUCGAUCCGCCAUUUUCAAGACCCUUCGUCACCGCACGGGGUCUUCGUACCUGCAAGUCUUUCUCAUGGAUUCUACUUUUCUAUUCGACGUCUUUCAAGAUACCACAAUGCCCUGUCGAAAAUGAGGUUGUCCAGCUUAUUCAAUACCCCGUGGCGCUGUCUGGUGAAGCCUACGGCGUGUACCGGAAAUUGGAACCAUACAACAACCCGGAUCUAGAGGACAAGAGGCGCGCACAGAUUAUGAAACCCAGGUUUACGGUUUCUGUAUGGCUGUAUCUGCUCGAGCACUGUUUCGCCGCCCCUCUAUGCAGCGUGCUGCACCACUCUACGUGGGACGCCAAGUACAAGACGCCACUUCUCUUCAUAACACAGACAGGUAACGUGCAUAUUCAGGUGGAGCACACGGACGGACAGCAGACGGCGGGGAUAGCCUGGAACCCCGUGCCCCUCAAUCAGUGGAUCCGGAUCGUGCUCACCUUCAACGUGAACUCGUGGACGUUGGCAGUAACAACAAACCGGUCUCUCUCCGAAACUAAAUACAGCGAAUACAGACACGAAGGCCCGCCAGUUCGGUAUGACGAUACUGAAGGACUAUUUUCCCUUGGAGGAUCGGAGAACACCCGCAGUGUGCGCGGAUAUAUAGGCCAGGCGACUCUAUAUAGGCAUGUUGCGCUGAGAGCUACGCAGAUCCCCCUGGAGAGUCUGUUCCACCCGAUGUUCGAGCUGGGACUGAGCAGACGAGAGGAGAGUUGCGCCAGCUUCCUGCACUGGGUCCAGCACAGAGUACACGUGCACUGGAGAGACGCAUUGGGACGCGGGAGACCAGACGUGUGUACAAAUCCUUUUUACGCAAUGCUUCAGUCCUUUGUCCACACAUCGGUCGUUAUGCCGGUCUGCGGACCAGACGAUAAAGUUCUGAAGCACCGGAAGUAUGCGGAUCGACUACUACGCAACAUGCUCAGUUAUGGAUUACGUGACAAUCUGAACUACAAGUCGAUCGCCGACAAACUUUAUCGAAAAGCUAUGGACAUGAUUGAUGUGCGACUGAGAAGCGUUCCGACGGCGUUUCCUCUCCUCAAACAGUCAGCCUGCCUUGGUAACAUGGACGCCAUGUACACAGCCGCCGUUAUCCUGAACAACGGGAUCCACGUAAAAGCAGACGACAUACAGAGCCAGGCGUACCUGAUGUUGGCGGCCCUGGAUAAUCACCGGCUCGCCGCUCUGGCCCUUGGACAUAAACACCGGAACGGACUGGACGGCCUAACUGUGGACCUCGAACAGAGCUACCGAUAUUACAAGUUUGUGGCAGAUACGGCCCGGGCCGACAAGGAGCUUCAUAAAGAUACAGACGUUUUAACGGAAUCAAUUCGCCUGACAGACGAGCUUGCUAUAAAUGAACAAACAGACGAGAACGGCGACAUUUUCCAUUGGCUGUCACACCAGGCCAAGCAAGGCGUUCUCUCGGCUCAGAACCGCGUGGGUCGGGCACUGUUCUGGGGAAGCCAGGGACUCCAAAGGAACCUUGAGGCCGCCGUCGAGUACUUCCGGAUGAGCGCCGACACAGGGGACGCACAAUCCCAGUACGACUACGGGAUAGUCCUUAUGCGGGGUCAGGGGACGAAAAAAGAUGUCCAAGCGGGCUUGCAACACAUUCAAAAGGCCGCUGAACAGAAAAACCCUGCCGCGCUCAACGCGAUGGGCUGGCACGCGCAACACUACGAGCGCGAUAUGACGAAAGCGGCCGAGUACUAUGAGCGGGCUUAUCGGCUGAGUGACGUAGACGCGACCUUCAAUCUGGGCAUCAUGCACAUGUAUGGAAAGUACCCGGGACUCGAGAAAGACGUGGACAAGGCUAUGCGCUACUUCUCGCUGGCCGCGCCUCGGGGGCACCUCGAUGCCGGGGUCAUGUUCGCGUCCAUCAAUAUCAAGGGAACCAGCCGACAGCCCAGACAGGUCUUCAUGGCGGCAGAAUGGGCCAGAUACAUUGCUGAGAUGUCUCCGGCGAUUGGCCUUGUCCUGCGCAAAGGGAUCAAGGCGUUUAAAGCUGGGAAAAGCGACGUGAGCCUGUUCUAUUACGCAUUGGCCGCAGACGCUGGUGUAGAGGUCGGCUCAUUCAAUCUAGCGUGGCUUUGCGAAGAGAAUAAGGAAGGAGUGACCACCUUCAUCGAGAAGGAAUGCGUCUGGAGCAAGUACAACAUCUCUAUUCAGAGAGAAUCACAGUUUGUUGACUCUUACGCACUACUCAAGAUGGGGGACUACUACUGGUACGGUUGCCAGGGAAACAGGGACAUACACAGGGCAGCAGACAUGUACGCCCAGGCCGCCGUGAAAAACAAUCCUCAGGCGCUGUUCAACCUCGCCUUCAUGGUGGAGGAAGGCGUGGAUAUCCCAACGGCGACCCUACGGUAUAUCCGGGUCCCCUUGCGGCUCCAGGACAACAACGCCACCCUUCUCACUUUCCUGUACACCAAGUGCCGUGAGUCGCCUCACUCGGAGGCCUACCUGCCAUGUUCUAUAGCUCUGUGGCGUGUGCAGCUUAUACAAUUCUGGGACUCGCAUCAGACACUUAUCAAGGUGUCAAGCGUGCUGGCGGUAAUGGUGUUCACGAUCCUCUCUUCCUACACGAUGUUCCGCGUGCCGAGGUACACGUCACAGAGGCGCCACGGAGACGACGCAAACAUCUGAGCGCUUGAAAGGCUUGACGUCAGAGAAUGACGACAUAAUCAUAAACAUAUUUUAAUACUGCAUUUUCGCAAAACGAAAUCAAAUCUUUGCGAUGCCCCGUAGAGCGUGUAUAGAUUGCAAAACGCGUUUGUGUAAAAAAUAUUAUCGCUGUUGUGGUUAUAAACAUUGUUCUAGAUACUUAUAAACAUUGUUCUAGAUACUUAUAAUAAAAUCACAAACAAA